UGUUACUCAUGGCAGUUUGUUGCUGAGCAGCAGCCAGUUGUGUUUUUCCUCUCUCUGAGCUCCCUCUCUCUUUCAUCCUCUGCUCUCUGCAGAUAGACCAGGCUUCAUCUUCCUUUCUUUGUUUUUGUUUUUGUUUCUUUUUUAAAAUCCCAAACAUCAUUCUGGAACAUUAGUGGAAGUAUUCGAUUGUGUGGUUGUGUGUGAGAGUGUGUGUGUGCUCAGGGUUUUCAGCAUGGAAGCAGUGGCACUGUAUACGUUUCGUGCCACCGAGGGCGAUGAACUCAGUUUUAACAAAGGAGAGUUAUUAAAGAUAACCAACAUGGAAGAUGACCCCAACUGGUACACAGCUGAGCUCCACAACAGAAAAGGCUUUGUGCCCAAAAACUAUAUCAACCUGCGGCCACAUGCGUGGUUUGCAGGUCGCAUAUCUCGUGGUGUGGCAGAAAGUCGACUGAGACACAGGGAAUGCGGAGCAUUUUUGGUCAGAGAGAGUGAGAGUGCUCCUGGGGAGUUUUCCAUGUCGGUCAGUUAUGGGGACCAUGUCCAACACUUCAAGGUGCUGCAGGAUCGUUGCAGUCAGUUCUACGUGUGGGACGAGCUCUUCUCCUCCCUGAACGAGCUUGUGGAGUUCUACCAUAGCAACAGCAUCGCUAAGGAGAGGACCGUCUUUCUGCGAGACCCCGAACAUUUUGCAAGACGUCCUCACCAUGCCCACGCUCUCUUCGACUUCAACCCUCACCACCCCUCACAGCUACGUUUCCUGCGGGGUGACGUCAUCGAGCUCAUUGACUGCUCCGACUCAUUGCGCUGGAGGGGCCGUUGCCACGGACACGUGGGCUACUUCCCCCCGGAGUAUGUCCAGCCUGUUUACCACUGCCAGUGAGCCCACACACAUAAGUGGGCCUCCUCGUCCACAUCACUUCCACCGCUCCACUGCUCUUGGCUCCCAGUCAUCUUUGGUGCAGAUGGCAUGCCGAUUGAGGAGUGAUGCAAUCAUUAACAAAACUCCGGGUUAUCACAUCCUGAGCAAAACCUCUGCCCAAUCAGCUGUGACAAGCACAGCAUCUACUCCAGCCCAUAUUCGUCAGAUAUAUAGAAAUAUUACAUCAGUGGCACCAUUCAUGGUGGAAAACUCACAAAUACUUGCAGGCCUAAUAAUAGUCAGGAUUGGUGGAGGUUAAACAAAAUGAAGAUGGAACAUAACGUUGUUAGAGGAACCUGCAGAUGAAUCAGCCCACCCACUCAUCAAUUUGUUGUCAAGUUGAGAGACAAGUGAAAUUGUGUUUUGAAUAUUUGGACCAAGUGGUCGGAAAAAAGACAGCACACUUCUCUGGACGAAGACGUGGGUUUCUGUGUAUAUACAGUACUUGCAGUGCAGAAAUAAGAAUUUGAAUGCAUGCCUAUGUAUGAGGGUGAAUGUGUGUGUUUGUGUGUGUAUGUGGGGGGUUAUGGUGUGAUGAUGUAAACAGCUCUUUACUCUGUGAACCAUGUUUCUGCCAUAUAGUUGUAGUAUUCUGUACAAAAACGAAUGCACUAGUGGAAAAUUCUAAAUCUAACCAUAACCACUUUGACCAAAUGACAAAACAUAACAUUUCCACAAUGUUUGUGGAGAGCAAUGGCACUGAAAAGUUAUAUCAUGCUGAACUUCAUAUACAAUACAAUAUACAAGAGCACAUUGUAUUGAUCUGUAUUGAUCACUGAAAAGAAUCCACUUUGGUUUACAAAUGUCAUUGAACCCUUGCAGUUCACAUUUGCUUGCUCUUAGGGACCAAUCCCCGACACAGACAGUGAAAAUAAUUUGCAAACAAUGGCUGCCCCUCCCCUCCAAAAAAAGUGUUUAUAAAUUGUCUAGCUUGGUAGUUUCAACCCUAAAUAUUCCCCAAACGACAAUCCCUAACCAAAAUAACCAUCCAUCCAUUUUCUUUCGCUUAUCCAAGGUCGGUUCGCGGCGGCAGUAGCUUUAGCAGGGACACCCAGACUCUUCCGGGGGGAUCCCGAGGCGCUCCCAGGCCAGCCGAAAGACAUAGUGUCUCCAGCGUGUCCUGGGUCUGUCCCAGGGUCUCCUCCUGGUGGACGUGCCCGGAACACCUCACCAGGGAGGCGUCCGGGAGGCAUCCGAAUCAGAUGCCCCAGCCACCUCAUCUGGCUCCUCUCGAUGUGGAGGAGCAGCGGCUCUACUCUGAGUCCCUCCCGGAUGACCGAGCUUCUCACCUUAUCUCUAAGGGAGAGCCACCCUGCGGAGGAAACUAAUUUCGGCCGCUUGUAUCCGGGAUCUUGUUCUUUCGGUCAUGACCCACAGCUCGUGACUAGAAGUGAGGGGAGGAACAUAGAUCGAGCGGUAAAUAGGUUCGCCUUUCGGCUUAGCUCCUCCUUCACCACAUCGGACCCAUACAAAGUCCGCAUUACUGUAGACGCUAAACCGAUCCGCCUGUCGAUCUCCCGUUCCAUUCUUCCCUCAAUCGUGAAAAAGACCCAAAGAUACUCCUCCACUUGGGGCAGGAUCUCAUCCCCGACCUGGAGAGGGCACGCCACCCUUUUCCGACUGAGGACCAUGGUCUCAGAUUUGGAGGUGCUGAUUCACAUCCCAGCCGCUAUACACUCGGCUGUGAACUGCUCCAGUGAGUGUUGGCGAUCACGGCUUGAUGAAGCCAACAGAACCACAUCAUCUGCAAAAAGCAGAGAUGGAAUAAUGAGCCCACCAAAGCGGACCCCCUCCACGCCUCGGCUGCGCCUUGAAAUUCUGUCCAUAAAAGUUAUGAACAGAAUCGGUGACAAAGGGCAGCCUUGGCGGAGUCCAACUCUCACCAGAAAUGAGUCCGACUUACUGCCGGAUGUGCGGACCAAACUCUGACUCCAGUCGUACGGGGACCGAACAGCCCGUAUUAAGGGGUUCGGUAGCCCAUACUCCCGAAGCACUCCCCACAGAACUCCCCGAGGGACACGGUCGAACGCCUUCUCCAAGUCCACAAAACACAUGUAGACUGGUUGGGCGAACUCCCGUGCACCCUUGAGGACCCUGCCAAGGGUGUAGAGCUGGUCCACUGCUCCUUCUGGAUCUGAGAUUCGGCUUCCUGACGAACCCUCCUCUCCAGCACCCCUUAAUAGACCAUACCAGGGAGGCUGAGGAGAGUGAUCCCCCUGUAGUUGAACCACACCUUCUCCAGUCCCCCUUCUUAAAAAGGGAGACCACCACCCCAGUCUGCCAAUCCAGAGGCACUGUCCCCGAUGUCCAUGCGAUGUUGUAGAGGCGUGUCAACCAGGACGCUACAACAUCCAGAGCCUUUAGAAACUCCAGGCGAAUCUCAUCCACCUCCGGGGCCUUGCCACCGAGGAGCUUUUUAACCACCUCGGUGACCUCAACCCCAGAGAUAGGAGAGCCCGCCUCAGAGAACCCAGACUCCGCUUCCUCAUGGGAAGGCAUGUCAGUGGAAUUGAGGAGGUCUCCGAAGGUCUCAGACAUUGAAAUAAAAUUUGUUUAAAUGUUUAUUUGUUUGUAAUUUUUAUUUUGUACUAUUUACAAUAAUCCAGUAUAUUCCAAGUAAGACUGAGCAUUGUAUAAAUGUUUUCUGUCGCAACAACUAGUUCGAGAGAGCCACAGGUAUUUGAUGACACCUGUGAGUCAUUUCAAUAAAGUGAGCAAUGUUGUCCUUUUCACCUGGAGGUUGAUCAUUACUGUGGCAUUAAAAUAUAGUAACAAAAUAAAGUGGGGUAUACACAUACUGUGUUUUAACAUCUUACCUGUUUUUUUAAAAUCAGCUUGACGGAUCCGACAGUAGGCGGGCUGCGCCAGUGUGGAUGUAUUUACAGCUGACUUCAUUCGCCGCCAAUGAAAGCGGCUCUUCUCAUUCCCUUUAAAUUACUUUCUCGACAGAGACGUCUCUGUGCGGAAGACCAACAUGCGUAAUAGCAGCGAUUUGUGCGUGAGUAGAGCAUUGUCACUGCUCUUGGCCAGUGUGGCAACAGACAAUGUGAGCGGGUCCCCGUGUUAAAUACAGAAUGAGUUUAAUAAACGCUGGCGACUUAAACAUGUCCGCGGACAUGAGUAUUUGUCUGCCUGUGCCCCAAUCAAAUUCACCAAAUUCGCGUUAGACCAGGGGUCUACCUUGCACCAGUGUCUAGACGUGGUCUGUGCAGGUGUUAGUUUAGACCACAUUUCUGCCAACCAAAUUGUCACUCCGCCAGGUGCAUCAACAAGCAAAAUCCCCCAUAGACCAGAACACACAGAUUGGCGCAGAACAGUCUGCCAAAUUAGCAAACGUGCAGCGAGCCUUGUACUUGCACGGAAAUCUAAAUUUCCCUGCAUUUGCGCCCCACCACAGAUGCACUGUUGACAAAAAUAAAGCCCAGAGUGUUAAACUCUUUUUUCACCAUUUUAAUUUUCCUGAUUUUUUUGGCCGAGGCUAAAAUGGUAUCCAGUGACACACUUUGAUGACCUGCAUUUCAGUCGCUAUCCAGCGCAAUUGGAAAUCACUUAAGUAAGUUAUAAUUACUUGGCCCAUUUCUAGCACUACAGCAUGUAGAUAGCAAGCUAAGUAUGCUUACAACCUGGAAAUGCAUCUUCCCUGGUUGCCACAAUUUACAGAACAGCUUUAUGUCGUUUAGUCACAAGUUUUAUGUACAGUAGUUUGUGUUAUUCAGGCUACGGUAAGAUGUUGGAAUGCAAAGCAUUGUGAGUAUAUAACUAGCAGGAAGUAUUUGUUAAAAUUUCUGUCAUGUCGUGUCACCUACAGAUAAAAUGAUGGAUGCCGCCAUGUUUAAU